AUCUUUUUAUGUGUUGGAUUUUGCGCUACACGUAGGGCUGUGUGCAGUUAAGCCAAGACCUGUUUUGCGCCAUUUCUAUGAUUUGGGUUUCUGAGAGAAAGCUCUGCAAACAACUGAUCAGCUGACAGACAUGCGCCUGCUCUGUAACGUUGAGCAACUUUUAAAUGCUGUUAGCAAGCUAAUUCCAGAUUUAAUAUAUCUAUGUCUGGCUUUGAACUGGUUAUAUCACAAUCAAAUGCCUCUUUCCACUUGGGUGGGUUCUGAUAAAGCACUGAAGAGACACGAAUAGCAAAUCGUUUAAAACCUUUAAUUCGCUAGUCACACACAUUAGCUGUUUUGUUACAAAGCUGGCUAGCUCAACAGUGCUUCUUUUUUCUGGACAUAUACAGUAACGUCAGAGCCCGUCUAUCUCUUUUAACGUAAGUUCAUUCAUGCCAGCUGCAAGAGACGAAGACAAAUACAGGAGACGUGGAGGAGGAGAUGGCACAAGACACUGUUGGGCUGCGGAGCUCUAUGACCUGUUUAUCAAAGAAUUGCUGACUUUAGAAAUGAAACAUUGUUAAUUUCUCGGAGAUGCAUUCAAUGGAAACAACGUCGCGGGAGUCGACUAUGACCUGCAGAACGGUCGGACAACAUUCAGAGACAUUGGUUUCGUAGGACGACGAUAGCUAGCCGUGUCUCAGUCCCAAUGUACGAGCGGUAUAUUUAAGGGAAUAUUAUGAAUAGCUAGUUUUAAUAUCAUAGGUAUCCGUCUUUCAAGUUCUCCACUGGACUGCCUGGAAAGCUGUUUGGACUCAUGAAUUCUUCAUUUAUACUUGACAAAAAUUCCAAGAUGACGGUGGAAGGUUCUACAAUUAAAAGUCGGAUUAAAAGUCUGCUACGUUCACCAUCUAUAAAACUGAGAAGAAGUAAACCUGGGAACAACAAGGAGAACCUUUCUAACAAGGUUACGCUUGAGAAGGUCUUGGGGAUCACCACAUCGGGGAACCGAGCAUUGGCCAGCGACCCGCGCUCAGGCCUGGUGGCCUACCCUGCAGGAUGCGUCGUGGUGUUGUUGAACCCUAAAAAGAACAAGCAGCAUCACAUCGUCAACAGCUUCAGGAAAACUAUCACCACUCUAUCCUUCUCUCCGGAUGGCAAAUACAUGGUCACUGGCGAGAGCGGGCACAUGCCGGCGGUCCGGGUGUGGGACGCGGUGGAGGGAUCUAGGUGGCCGAAGCUUCAGGAGUAUCAGUACGCGUGGCUCAUGGCCUUCCCCCCCACCCAGCAAGUACAUCUGGGCCAGCUGGGCUACCAGCACGACAUGAUCGUCAACGUCUGGGCCUGGAAGAAAAACGUGGUGGUGGCCGCCAACAAAGUGUCCAGCAAGGUGGCGGCGGUGUCCUUCUCCGAUGACAGCUCCUACUUUGUCACGGCAGGGAACCGACACAUCAAGUUCUGGUACCUGGAUCACACCAAGUCCUCCAAGGUGAACGCCACGGUGCCCCUGCUGGGCCGCUCAGGUCUGCUGGGCGAGCUGCGCAACAACUUUUUCAGCGACGUGGCAUGCGGGAAGGGCCGCAAGGCCGACAGCACCUUCUGCAUCACCACCUCGGGCCUGCUGUGCGAGUUCAACGACAAGCGGCUGCUGGACAAAUGGGUCGAGCUGCGGAAAAAUGACAGCAUCACAACCACCAUGGCCACGUCUCUGUCGGUGACAGAGGACCUGAUCUUCUGCGGCUGUGCCGACGGGACAGUGCGGGCCUUCAGCCCCAUCAACCUGCACUUCAUCUGCACGCUUCCCCGACCGCACAGCCUGGGCACCGACAUCGCCACCGUAGUGGAGGCCAGCCACCUGUUCUCCUACAAGACGGACGCGCGGUACCCGGACACGGUGGCCGUGUCAUAUGACCCGACAAACCGCUGGCUCUCGUGCGUGUACAACGACCACAGCCUGUACGUGUGGGACGUCAGGGAUCUGAGGAAAGUAGGCAAGGUCUACUCGGCCAUGUACCACUCCGCGUGCGUGUGGAGCGUGGAGAUGUAUCCGGAACCCAGAGAGGGUGAGCAGCCAUGUUUGCCCCUCGGCUCCUUCCUCACCUGCUCUUCGGACAACACGGUCCGCCAGUGGAACACAGACACCCACAACGCCAGUCUCAGCCGCAACCUCAUCAGCAACGACCUGCAGAAGGUCAUCUACAUGGACAACAGCACGUCGGCGCUGCUGGACCCCGACUGCACCGUGAGCAGCAGCAGCACGGAGAAAGCCGACCCGCAGACGUCCGAGAACCGCACGGGCAUCAGGACUAUGUGUGUCAGCCCCGACGGACAGCACCUGGCCUCUGGGGACCGCAACGGCACCUUGAGGAUCCAUGAGCUUGAGUGUAUGGAGGAGAUCAUGAAUGUUCAGGCCCACGACUCUGAGAUCCUGUGCCUGGAGUAUUCCAAACCAGAAACAGGUUUUAAGCUACUGGCCACAGCGAGUCGUGAUCGCCUGAUCCAUGUCCUGGAUGCCGAGCGUGAAUAUGGCCUGGUGCAGACACUGGACGAACACUCCUCCUCCAUCACCGCUGUGCGCUUCGCAGCGAACGAUGGCAAGGUACGGAUGAUCAGCUGUGGCGCCGACAAGAGCAUCUACUUCCGCACCGCUCAGAAGACCGAUGAAGGGACAGUGUUUACGCGAACCCAUCACAUCGUGAGGAAAACUACGCUCUAUGACAUGGACAUCGAUCCCACCCACAAAUACGCUGCCAUCGGCUGCCAGGACCGCAGUAUAAGAAUCUUUAACAUCAGCAACGGCAAACAGAAGAAGCUGUAUAAAGGCUCCCAAGGAGAAGAUGGGACUCUUCUUAAGGUCCAGACAGACCCAUAAGUCCAGACAGGCUUAACUGACUGACCAUUCUCUCUGUGCUGUGCCAUGGCCACCAGCUGCUCUGACAAGAACAUCAGCAUCUUUGACUUCUACACCGGGGAGUGUGUGGCCACCAUGUUUGGACACUCCGAAAUUGUGACUGGGAUGAAGUUCACUAAUGACUGUAAACACCUUAUUACAGUCUCUGGAGACAGUUGUAUCUUUGUGUGGCGCCUGAGCCCUGAGUUGACCAUCAAUAUGAGACAGCGCCUCUCUGAGCUCAAGAACAGCAACAAACCGGUUCAGAAGACGCCUCCACACAAACCCAUCCCUCUCAGCACACGGAGGGAAGUACAUAGUGCUCCUGCCAUCGCCACCAUGUCCUCUGACAGUGACAAGGAGGUGGAAGAGGAGGAGGGUAUCGAGGAGGAAGAUGAGGAGGAGCUGGCCUACCCACUCACCUCCUCUGGUAGCAGCACUGGUGAGGACGGUUCCUCUGAGGAAAGGCACAACUCUCUCAAUUCCUACGUCAGGGAUGGCAAAAAGGAGGGUAGUCGGCGGAGCGAGACGAGCGGUGUGUCGUCUGACGGCUCGGGGUCGGGCUCUGGGCCGCGUCCCCGCCGGCGCUGGUCCAGGCGCAUCGGCAACAUGGAGCUGAUGGUCAAGUCCAUGCUGGACCUGCGGCAGCUGGAGUCCUUCGCCAUGCCGCCCUCCCCCAUCAAGACCCCCAUCCAUGAGAGACACACAGAGGAACAGCUGGGCAGCACCAUCAGCCUGCAGACCAUCCACGCCUGGGGGGAGGACACGGAGGAGAGGCAGAACCUCCACCCUCGUCCUCAGUACAUCAGGCUGGCCUCGGAGACGUCCGACAUCGAGCCCGUCGUGCUCUACCCAGAAGGCUGUGAUGACCGGGUCAGCUUGGCUGGCAGUGAGUAUCAGGUGAAGGAGACCAUUGGGGUUCUGGGGAGAAGUGUGAGGGGGGUCCACUGUCAUGACAAGCACAGCCCUGACAGCGCCUGCUCAGUGGACUACUCCAGCAGACUGUCCAGUCCAGAGCACCCUGGUGAAGACACCGACCCCACAGAGCCUCUGAGUGUGGAUGGGAACUCGUCUGAACUGGACAUGGAGGAACUGGAGGAAGAGGAGGAGGUGUUUCAGAAGAGCGAGCCCAAGGCCUCCGUACCCCAGACACCUGACCAGGAGGCUUUCCUCAAGAUGCACUUCGGAAACCUGUCGGAACAAAACACACCAACGAGUCCCACCAGAGCCCCACCCUGCAUCACAGACAGUGUGAGCAUGUCAGCCAAGUUCCUGUACCAGACCUCCACCAGCAGAAGUCCGUUCCUUUUCCCCUCCAAGGCGAGUGCAGAUCCUAAGGCAGCCAGCGGGGUGGUGCGGCCCUUGGUCUCAGAGGUUCGCCCUCUCAUGGAGGAGCGAAGUGCUUCCCCAGUGCGACUGGAAGUGGAACGCGCUCCACAGAAGGUCACGCCCACUCGCUGCACACCACAGAAGAAGAGGCCGUCAGUGGACAACCGACGGGCGAUCGGCCCUGUAGCCAAGGCAGUAGCCGUCCAUGGCAACGGUGGUGGGAUGAGGAAAUCUCAGUCGGCAACUCAGCUGAACAUCCUAGUUGAGGCUGAGGCAUCUCAGUCUCCUUCUCGACCCUCUAAAGAGGUGGCACCCCAGCCUCACGUCGGGGAUCGCGUCUAUCUCACCACGCCACGCCACACUCUGCCCUCUGCGCCCACCAUCUCCAGCCCCACCUCCCCGACGGCCCGCGACGGACCCACCACAGGCCCCAAGCCCAAGUCCCGCUCCUACAUGAGCCCCACCACCAGCUCCAUGGCCAAGAUGUCCCGCUCCAUGUCCAUGGGCGAGUGCCUCAACAUGGGGGAGUCGGGAGACGACGCCAGCUCGUCCUCGGAGAACCGCCGCGGGUCCGGCUCAGAGUCCACGAAAAGCGGGGCGCCCUCGACUAAAACCACGGUGCCCAUGGUUCUAUCCCCCACUGGUUCGGUGACGUCCCCUUCGGGUGUUGUGACACCCCAUGCUGCGGUCAUCCCCACUCUUAAUGCCUCUGCUUCUGGAGGCAAAGCUCUCCCAGGCAAGCUCCCAGGCAGCACUCUUAGACCCCAGCUGAGUCUAGACAUGUCCAAGCCCUUGCCGGACAAGCCCUCGGUCGCCUCCUUCUCCCCCAACGGCAAGUCCUCCAAGCCGAUCCGGGGGGAAUCUACGCCCCUCCGCUCUCCAGCUAGCAUCAACCCUCUCCACGGAAGCUCCCAGAACCAACCUCCAGCGCUCUCCAGCAACAUCCAACCGGUCGCCGCCCUCUGCAGCAACAGCACUCCAGAAGUCCCUCAGGAGAGCGUCCAGCCCGCGCUCUGUGCCGAGCAGAACCAGACCUCCGAGAAACCCGCCGAGAGCAGACAGACGAGCUCCCAGGGGGAGGAGAGGACCUCCGCCGUGCCAGAGACGAACCCAACCGUGGCGGGCCACUUUGGCGUCCCCGUCCCAGCGUCUCCGUCUCCAUCUCCGUCCCAGUCCUCGCAGGAAGCAGACCCCUCUGUUAACAUAGACGCCUGCAGAGUAGCGGCUAGUGACCUUCAAAGCAGCAUCAGAAGGGCCUGCCAGCUUUACCGCAUGGUGAACAGUGGUCCCAGUUCAGAUGUGCCCCAGGACCAGCUGGAGAUGGCGCGUGUGUUAACUGAAGCUUUGGACGGCGUGAGGGCCGAACUGAACACCAUCCAGCCCUUCGGCCCAAACCCACCCAUAGGGGCCGCCGCUGCUGGCCUGCUGUGCCUGUGGGUGGCCGGGCGUCGGCCGCAGGGCGAGGACAAAACUAUGGCCCUGCUAGAGCAGUACUCAGAACUCCUGCUACGGGCCGUGGAGCGCAGGAUGGAUAACAAGUGCUGAUUACACAAAAGGAAAAUAAUGAUAAUAAUAAUAAAAAAUCCAACAAGGAA